UCGUCAGUUGGGUCCGACAUACCGAAGCUUAUCACAAAAGCCUCCUACAAGGUGCUGGAUAACGACGUCAAAACGGCAUGGAUAAAUCCGAGGCUGCUCUCUAAGAUUGAUAUGGAAAUAAUAAAAAAGACGGAUUACGUUCCACCCUCGGAGAGAAACAUGAAUGGCCACCACCACUCGCAGCACUCUUACCAGAGGCAGCAGGGCUGCGGAAGAGUACACGACAGAGAGUGGGAGGCUCCAGUCAAUGGUCGCGCGAAGCCGCGAUCAGCCGUUCCAGUGCCUGCCCCAACACCGGCGGCAGCGGAUGCCAGACGCAGACCCAAGCCGAAGGCCCAGAUGGAGACGCACGCCCAUCAGGGCAACCGCAAUGCCAAAAUCAAAAGUAAGACCCCCUCGCACCACCAGAGAGCGGCGCCACAGAGGAACGGCCCGUCCGCCGCGGCCCCCCAGGCCGCCGAGAGGGUCAAGGGGGUCGUGGGUUAUCACCAGAGUGCGACCGCGUGUUACGUGGGGGGCAUGCCGGGGACGGUGCACGAUAGUGGCGGUGUGUACGGUGUUUACGCGGAAACUAAGUACAUUUACGCUGUGAAUGGAUUGCCGGGAAAUCCUGCCCAGGCUUCGGCCGCAGCGGCUUUCUUUGCAAGAGCUGCCCAGAAACUGAACCUUUCUGCAUCCCCACACAGGAGGAAAAGGUACAACUCCGACGACGUGGACAACACCGGAUUCUGUGGAAUACUUCAAAGAUGUCCUCCACCCGUCCCUCCUGCCCUUCUUAGAAGGAUAGGAGUAAAAGAGGUCACAGGUGUUGGGAAGGUGAAAGUGAUGUUGAGAGUGUCAAAUCCCACGUCGGGCUCAGCUGCAGAAUCGGGUAGUCCAAACAGUUUUUUCAGUUUGGACAAACGGAAGAAACAAGUCACAUUAAUCGAUCCAUCUCUGUGCAGUGGAUCAGCAGCGCCGGAGGACAGGAGGGUGGGGGUGGCAGCCCCCAAGAUGUUCGCCUUCGAUGCCAUUUUCUCCCAGGACGACUCGCAGACCGAGGUGUGCUCCAGCGCCCUUACGGACGUCAUCCACGCAGUCAUCAACGGCACAGACGGAUGCCUCUUUUGCUUCGGACAUGCUGGGCUCGGGAAGUCAUAUACGAUGUUGGGAACUCCGGAGAACGCCAAUACCUUAGGAAUAAUACCGUGUGCAAUAUCUUGGCUGUUUAAGGGGAUAAAUGAGCAAAAACAAAAGACUGGUGCUAGAUUUUCUGUGAGGGUAUCGGCUGUAGAAAUCUGUGGCCCUACGAAUCAGUUACGGGACCUGUUGUCAGGAUAUUCUAAUGACUCGGAGCAGUCGCCCGGCAUGUACCUGCGGGACGAUCCCCUGUUCGGCAACCAGCCCCCGCACUGCGAGCUGCGGGUGCCCACCGCCGAAAAGGCUGCCCACUACUUGGACGCGGCGGUGGAGUGUCGGGCCCCCGCCCGGGAAGACUCGAGGGAUUCGCAUCUGCUGUUUACCCUGCACGUCUACCAGUAUAGCGUCGCCGGUAAAGGAGGCGUCGCCGGCGGCCGGAGCCGUCUGCAUCUGAUCGACCUGGGGAACUCCGAACGAGGGAAGGCGAGCGGCGGGAUCCCUCUGUCGGGCGUGGGCAACAUCCUCCUGGCCAUAUUCAACGGCCAGAAGCACCUGCCCUACAAGGAGCACAAGCUGACCCACUUGCUGAAGGACUGCCUUAGCUCGCUGACCUGCCACGCCGCGAUGAUAGUCCACGUCUCCCCCUUCGCCCAGAACUACACGGACACCUUGACCACCGUGCAGUUGGCGUCGAGGAUACACCGAAUGAGGAGGAGAAGGAUCAAGUUCGUGUCGUCGGCAGCGGGGAACGGGUCGGGAGGGAGUUCUGGGGAGGAAGCCACGAGGACCACGGGGACCAGCAGCGAGCCUGAUCCUUCCAGUAGCGAUUUGUCCGCGGACACGGUGAUUUACGUUGGUCCCGCGGAUGACGCUACUGAUGGGGAACAUCCCCCUGUGUACAUACCCAGCCUUAACUCCGGCGAUAAUCGGUGUUCCAUGAGCAAAGCUUUAAGAGGUUCCAGUGCAGAACAACGACCUUCCCAAGUUCCUAAGCCCCAAAAGUCCGAGGAGAAGCCCUCCUCCCACAGAACCACCGUCAAAACGUGCCAAAGCAACAAGACCUCGCCCGCCCACAUGAGUUCACCCAAAUCGUCCCCCAGCCGGAUACCAUCCAUUAAAAACAAAAGCGACCCGUCCAAACACCCAGCGAGCGGCGCAAGCGACGAACAGUGGAUCGACGGACCUCGAAUAUCGAAAUCCAAAGUGGCAGAGGCGCGGCAUCUGAUGAAGGAAGCCUGCCACGUGAAGAAACGCGAGACCUGGGUGGACGGUCCGAUGCAGGCCGACGGCUCUGCGGGCUACGGUUAUAUGGACAGUCACAAGAAGAACAUGAUAAGGAAAUGGGUGGAGCACCAGACUAUCCAGAUACAGAAGUCGAAAUACGUCCACCCCCGCACGCAGGACAUCAAACCUCCCAGAGAACUGACACAGUUCAAAAACUGUGACGAAGACGAGGUCGUCAAGCCGCUUAAUUCGAAAAAGCACGAUGUAGUGGAGGAGAGCGUGAUUCGGACUGGGUUGAAGAUGUCCGCAGUCGCUAACGAUGUUAUACCGGAGUGUAACACGCCUGAAGAAAAAGAGGUUGUAGAAGACGAGGAUAUGGAAGACGACGAAGAACCGGAGAUUCCCCCCGCUCUGCCUCUAAUCCAGCCGUUAAGCAGUCGAGAAGUGUCCUUGGAAAGCUUGGACAUGCUGUUGAAAGAAAGGAUGUUGUCUAACGCCGAGUACAACAGUUACCAGAACAGCGCCUACGAGGACCACGGUGAAAGCGAAGGCGACGAAAUGCUGGAAAUCAUAGAAGUGGAGGAACCCCUCGAACCCGUCCCGACACAAGACUGCUGCCUGCAAGUAACCGAAGAAGACAUAGCUCUGUGUAUGGGCUAUGCAGAAAACCCCUUACCAGAGGUCGAUCAAGAGAACCCCCUAGACCACCCCCUGAGAAUACUAAGCCAGGAAAACCUCACGGUGGUCUCAACCUUUACCGAUUCCAUGUCCGUAUUCACGGACCUGGAAAGACUUCUACCCCGUCAUCGUUUCGAUAGAUACGGGUUGUACAACGACGACUACGAGGACCCCGACAAUCCCUACCCGAGGAACGGCAAUCUGGACGAAACCACCCGUAAAAAAUUCGACCAGCUGGCGCGACUACACGAAUUGUAUUCUAACAGGCUGGCUAAGGCGACAGUAGCCAACUCGGAAACGUACCAGCAGCAAAAACAGAACAGGGUUCUCACCAGGUGCGGAUCCCUAACUCUAACCGACAUGCUGUACGGAGGAGGCGAAGGAGGUCACGACAACAGCAGCAUAUACAGCGAACCCGCGUACGUCCAAGAGAAGUUCUGCGAGAAUUGCAAGGUCAACAUGUCCCGACCGGCGACGGCGCAGAAUUGGUACACCGACAGUUAUCUUUCGGCGAGCACACAGGAUCUGACGGGGAAGAAGUCGUAUGAAUCCACCUUGGGCAGCCGGUUCCAAAGGUACUGCCACAAGUACAGGGACAAUAACCUGGCAUACCUGCGCCAUCCCGAUGGCGCGUCCAAUCCGAAUUUAAAGGAAGAGAGCAGCAAGCGGAUGCCCGGGAAUGGCGCCUGUUCAACGGAAAAAAACUUCGAAGGCGAUCCCGUCGAGUCGAUCGUUUCCCAGCCCCUACCGCCCCCCAACAGUCUUCCAUCCGUCGAGAGAAUGAAUCGUGCCAUUCUGAGUCUGGAGACGGGGGUGACUGCCAUUAAGUUGGGUCACAAGUCCGAGGGAUACGACAGCGGUCACGAUUCUACGCCUAGGACGUCCAAGCACAGCCCCGCCGCCAUCUCCAGGAGGGCGGAGAGUGGCUACGACAGCGUGGUGAGAGACAGCGAGAGUUCGAGCAUCGAUUCUGAACCCAGCAGGUUGUCUCAUUUCCACAGUAGGAGAGGUAAAUGUAAGCACAAGCAUGAGAAGUCGUUCUGUUCAUGGUUUCUCAAUCCGUUCACUUGUAAAUAUAUUGACGAACCCCCCGAGACGCACUUCUAAGCUUGACAGGUUUUCGUUGUUCUUUUCUCGAAUUUUCCCUUUGUACGUUCGUCUCAGGAUGACCUUGGGCUGUAUUUCUAUAAUGUAUUUUCAAUUGUCUGUCCAUUUCUACAAGCGAUCUGUGU